UUUGUUUUCGAUCAUUGAACAUUUCUGUCAUUUAAUUACUUUUUUUUGCUUCGUGUAGAGUGAACCGAAUUGUGCUUGGCUUUUUCAAUCCUUAGUUUGACAUUAUUCUCCCAGUUUAGACGAAUCCGAAUUGUACGAUUAGAUGAUUCAACAUGAAGGCAAUAUUUAUAAUUGCCUUGUUCGUCAUAAAUUUCACUGGUUUACUAGCAGGCAUCCAUUCAACAGUCAAUAUUCUUGAGCAGAAUGAAGCGAACGCCAAUUUUCAAGAGAAAAUACUGAGAAACACAUCUCUUUAUGUAGCAUCCGAUCAAGCAUUGUUACCCGUUCAAGAUCCGUACAAUUCCAAUAGGCAUUCUUCAAUCGUGGAAUUGGUACUCGUUGUCGACAAUGGUGUGUAUAGAAAAAUGGGCGAAAACCUUGACAAAGUUUACAAAUACUGCAAGAAUGUGACGAACAUAAUCAAUUCGUUGUACGUUCCGCUAAACAUUUUCGUUGCAUUGGUGGAUGUUGUUGUGUGGACGGAGCAAAAUGAAAUCAAAUUGUCCAGUAACGGCGACGAAACGUUGAAGAAUUUUCUGGCAUAUCGACGCAAAGUACUGUCGAAGGAUCAUCCAAAUGAUAACGCACAGCUAUUGACUGAAAUGGAAUUCGAGGGUGGUGUUGUUGGCAAAUCGCUGAAGGGACCAAUUUGUACAUUCGAAUUUUCUGGUGGUGUUGUGACUUUCUAUAGCGAAGUAAAGGCUGAAAAUGUCAGGAUGUUAGCAACAACAAUCGCACACCAAAUCGGUCAUAACUUUGGAAUGGAACAUGACACAGCCGAUUGCGAAUGUGGCGAUGAUCUAUGCAUUAUGUCAACUUCAGUACCAUCGACACCACCAACUCGAUGGAGUGACUGUAGCCUACAUCAGUUGAAUGAGGCACUUCAUCGCGGAAUGAAUCACUGUUUGAAAAAUAGCCCAACACGUUUGUUCGAUUCGCCAACUUGUGGGAAUGGUUUUGUUGAAACGGGCGAAGAGUGUGACUGCGGUCUGCCCAAUGUUUGCAAAAACCCCUGCUGUGACCCGAAAACCUGUAAACUUCAAUCGAAUGCUACUUGUGCAACGGGAAAAUGUUGCGAUUUGGCUACGUGUCAAGUAAAGCAGCCGAGUUUCGAAUGCCGAACGGCCGUUGGAGAAUGUGAUUUGCCCGAAUAUUGUGAUGGAACCAGCGAAUUUUGUCCAAUAAACUAUUUCAAACGCAACGCUAAUGAGUGUGACGGUGGUAAAGCGUAUUGUUACAAUGGCUCGUGCAAAUCACGCGAUGAUCAAUGCAAAGUGCUGUGGGGACCUUCAGGCAAAUCAUCUGAGCAGUGUUAUGUGAAAAAUACGGCCGGCUCACGGCAUGGAAAUUGCGGUUUCAAUAGAACCACAAACAUUUACACUGGUUGUGCCGAAGAAGAUAUUUUUUGUGGAAUGCUACAGUGCCGUCACUUAAGCGAACGAUUGGAAUAUGGCUUGGAAUCAGUGGCUGUUUUAUCGCAUAGUUUUAUAUCAUCUGGUGGCAAUAUUCUUCCGUGUAGAACGGCAACCAUUGAUUUGGGCUUGGAAACCGUCAAUCCUGGACUUGUACCAGAUGGAUCGAAAUGUAACGACGGAAAAAUGUGCGUGAAUCAAAAAUGCGUGACAAUCGACCCAAUCAAUGUACAAGACAAAGUGGAAAUGGGCGAAAAUGACUGCAAUGGACAUGGAGUUUUUGAAAACACUGGACAGUGUCAUUGUGAUAAAGAGUUCGCACCACCGUUCUGUGAUUCACCAGGCUUUGGAGGAAGUAUUUAUUCGGGACCCGCUCUGAAUCCAUACGGAAACGUGAAUGAAUCCACACAUUUAAAUCAGUCUGAUAAGCAAAGUAUAGAUCCCAUCACUGCAAACUCGUUCGACCAGCAAUCAACAGACGCUGAUGCACUCAAACAUUGAUACACAAGUAUAUUUCAUGUUGAUUCCGCUUUCAGCAUAGUUCAGCUGAACAAAUUAACUGGCAGCCGAACUCGCAAAUGAGAUAAGAAUUUGAAUGUAUCAAAUGUGAUAAGAAUACUAUAAUAGGCCAUAAGCGUACACAGGAAAUAAAUGAUGAACUUUUAAAAUUUCAGUAGAA